GAAUCACUUCACUCUCACAUAUUCUACAAGCCGUGCAGUCGCGCAAGGUGAGCUGUGGAAAGACCAUAUUCAAGGGAGUCCGCAGUUGAUGACUGAUAUACGCAAGGAUUUGUUGGACAUAUAGCCUUAUGAGAAAUUCUAUUUUUUAUUUUUUUCCUACGGCACCCAUUGGAGACCAUAGUUGACAAGAACAGACUACACGGGGAUGCUGUUGGUUUAGGUCAUUGGUCGUGACAAAUUUCGUUUAGCACGGCAACGGAAUGCUGUAAGACCGGAGUCGACAGGUUCGGGGUUCCUCUCGUGAGCAAAGGGAAGAGAGGGAGCACCAUAAUCAGAUGAGCGUCUCUGCGUUUGGCGAAGUUGCUGAGCUCCCGCAACUGACGUGAGCGGCAUUUCCUAACGUUACCGACUCCAGCGGACAUCUCUCUCGCGUCCGUGGUAUUGGGAAUAACUGCGGCACCUUGAGCAAGUGGAUUUAAAAAAAAAACGUCAAGAUUGUAUUUUUAUAUUAUUAUUAUUGAAAUCUGGAUUGUCAGCCGUGGGGGGUUUGAGGGCUGAAGUGGCUGCGUUUGAAAGCGGACAAGGAGCGCGGCUUCCAGCCCGACUCGACCUUUCGGGGCUGGAUUACUGAGGAGUUAUCGUCUGUUAAGCAGCAGACUGAUGAUGUCUCAGCGCAGCGGUGUCAUGUCGCAGCGACGGGGCGCCACGUUGGUGUGGAUCACGCUGCUGCUUCUGGUCUCGCUCUGUUCCGCCGUCACGGGCAUCCAGUACCAGUUGAACGAGGAGAUGCCGCCCAACACGUUGGUAGGCAGCCUGGCGUCGGACCAGGGCCUGCCGGACACGGGUCACCUCUACAAGCUGGAGGUCGGCACCCCUUACCUGCGCGUGGACGGCAAGACCGGGGACAUCUACACCACCGAGGUCCCCAUCGACAGGGAGACCCUGAAGGACUGCCGCUAUCUGUUUGAAGGUGACCCCUGCUACCUGGAGUUCGAGGUAUCCAUCACCGACCUCAUCAAAGGCCAGAGCCCACGCCUGAUUGAGGGCCGCAUCGAGAUUAUGGACCUGAACGACAACACGCCUCAGUUCUCCUCGCCAAUCCUCUCCCUGUCCAUCCCAGAGAACACGCACGUGGGCACGCUCUUCCCCAUCCCCACCGCCACCGACAAGGACUCAGGCUCCAACAGCAUUGCUGACUACUCGCUGACUGCGCCACCAGACGCCGCCAGCCUCUUCAGCCUGCAAGUGGCGCAGGAUACGGAUGAGAAGCUGCCGCAGCUCAUCGUACUGGGCAACCUGGACCGCGAGGCGCGCGAUUCCUACGACCUCAGCAUCAAGGUGUCGGACGGAGGGCAGCCGGCCCGCUACAGCAGCGCCCUGCUGCGCGUCACCGUCACCGACGUCAACGACAACCCACCCCGCUUUGAGAGGUCGCCCUACGAGGCCGAGCUGCUGGAGAACAGCCCCACAGGUCACUCUGUCCUGCAGGUGAAAGCCAAUGACUCUGACAUGGGUCCAAAUGGAGAGGUGACAUACAGCCUGCACCAGGCCUCAGCUAUGGUGCAGAGGCUUCUCAACAUCGACAGGACGACGGGCAUCAUUUACGUCAAGGGCCUAGUGGACCGAGAGGAGGUGGGUGCUCUCAAGUUCUAUGUGGUGGCGAAAGACCAAGGCCCUCCGGUCAAGAGCUCCAAGGUCCAGGUGACCAUCACCAUCAAGGAUCAGAACGACAACGCGCCCACCAUCAUUAUCCGCGGGAUCGGACUGGUGACCCACGAGGAUGGCGUGGCCAACAUUUCAGAGGACACGCCCGUCGGUACCCCUGUGGCGCUGGUGGAGGUGUCGGACCGAGAUGAGGGGGAGAACGCCAUUGUAACCUGCGUGGUGGCCGGAGAUGUGCCUUUUCAGCUGACCCGAGCCAGUGAGUCGGCCAACGAGAAGAAGAGAAAGUACUUCCUUCAGACAACGACGCUGCUCGACUACGAGCGCAUCAAGGACUACAGGAUCGAGAUAGUGGGUGUUGACUCAGGCAACCCAGCUCUGUCAAGCACAAACUCACUGAAAGUCCAAGUCACAGACACUAAUGACAAUGCUCCCAUCUUCUCCCCAUCCUUAUUUGAGGUGGAAUUCGCUGAAGAGAACCAACCUGGUGAUAAAGUUCUGGAUGUAGUUGCAUCUGAUGCAGACAGUGGCACCAAUGCUGAACUCACGUACAGCAUAAUCAUGGAGUCGUCCAUUAAGGGGCUCUUUGAGAUCAACGCCAACACUGGCGAGAUCCGGGUUCUGAACCAGCUCGAUCGCGAGCACAAAGAACAGUACGAGUUCCAUGUGGCCGCUGCAGACAAAGGUGUCCCAAGUCAACGGGGGACAGCCACCGUUGUGGUCCGAGUGCUGGACCGCAACGACAACGACCCCAAAUUCAUGCUGAGCGGAUACAGCUUCUCCGUCCUUGAAAACAUGCCCCCACUCAGUCCUGUCGGCAUGGUGACCGUUAUGGAUGCAGACAAGGGCGAUAAUGCUAAAGUGAGUCUGUCGGUGGAGCCGGACAAUGGGAAGUUUGUCAUCCAGAAUGGAACGGGAACAAUCUUGUCCAGCAUCUCCUUCGACCGGGAGAAGGAGAGCACCUAUACCUUCCGGUUGAAGGCGGUCGAUGGAGGUGACCCGCCUCGCUCCUCCUAUGUGGGCGUCACCAUUAAUGUCCUGGACGAGAAUGACAACGCCCCUUACGUCACCAAACCCGCCAACUCCACGUACAAGUUCCUCCUUCCGCUCACGAGCCCUGAGACUCACGUGGAGAGGGUGGAGGCCGAGGACAUGGACACUGGGCCCAAUGCAGAGCUCGAGUACAGUAUCAUUGGUGGCAAUCCGCACGGCCUCUUCCGCAUCUCCCAAAGUGAGGGUGAGAUCACGCUGACCAAGGAGUUCACCCGCAAACACAACGGCCUUCACCGGCUGGUGGUGCGCGUCAAGGACAAGGGCAAGCCUCCGCGCCACACCACCGCCCUGGUACACAUCUUCGUGAACGAGACCCUCGGGAAUGUCACCCUUGUGGAGUCCCUUGUGGGCCACAGCCUGUACACGCCACUGGAGACCGACAUCGCUGGCGACCCCCACGAGUAUCUGCGCCUCCAGCAAAGCAACAUCGUGUACGGCAGCCUGGCUGGCUUGGCUGGGGUCAUCCUAGUCAUCGUGGUCGUGGUGGUGAUCAGGCAUCGGCUCCAGAAGGAGACCAAGAGCGGCUACCAGGCGGGCAAGAAAGAGAGCAAAGACCUCUACGCUCCAAAGCAGGGCCCCAAGAGCAGCAAGAGCAAGAAGGGCAAGAAGAACAAGGCGCCUAAGCCCGCCAAGCCCUUAGAGGAGGACGAGGAGGCCAGCCUUCAGAAAGGCCUCAAGUUCAACCUGAUGAACGACAGUGUCAACGACAGCCCCAGGAUCCACCUGCCCCUUAACUACCCCCCGGGCAGUCCGGACCUGGGCAGGCACUACCGCUCCAACUCCCCUCUACCCUCCAUCCAGCUUCAGCCGCAGUCCCCGUCAGCCUCCAAGAAGCACCAGGCCGUUCAGGACCUCCCCGCCACCAACACCUUUGUGGGAACGGGAGACAACAGCUCGACAGGGUCGGACCAGUAUUCGGAUUACAGGAUUACGGCCAACCCACCGAAAUACAGCAACAAACAGCUGCCGCACCGCCGAGUGACCUUCUCCACAACCAAUCAGGCGCAGGACCUGCAGGACCCGUCCCAGCACAGCUACUACGACAGCGGCCUGGAGGAGUCAGAGACGCCCAGCAGUAAGAGCUCGUCCGGCCCGCGCAUCGGGCCCCUGGCCCUGCCCGAGGACCACUACGAGAGGACCACCCCCGACGGCAGCAUCGGAGAGAUGGAACACCCCGAGAACGACCUCAGGUCUCUCCCCGACGUGGCUAUGACGGGCAACUGCACGCGGGAAUGCACGGAAUUCGGCCACUCGGACGCCUGCUGGAUGCCCGGUCAGCCCUCACCUACCCGCGCCCCCAAAAGCGCCAAGGGCGCGGCCAAGCUCUCCACCUUUGUGCCUUACCAGGAGCGAGAUGGCCCCGUCACCAACGGCAGCCCCAAGCCCGCGCCCGAGGAGCGCGUCAGCGGUGGCGGUAGUGGUGUUGGCGGAGGAAGCUCCAAAGUGGUCGGCGUGCGCUUCAAACCCCCCUACACCAGUGCCUACUCGGCAGGCGGCGAGCCCAAAGACUGCUCCCUGGAGGAGAUCCCCCUGAGUCAGGCGACCGACUACUCCUCGGCCACCACCCCACCCAGCCAGGGCUCCAAGAGGGAGAUCUACCUGUGAGGAGGAGGGACACGCCGUCCAGAGAGGGGGGUCGUCUCGUGUUCACUCUUCAGCACCACUUCAACGCCACUGAUGGCCGCUACCUACCCCUCUCUACAAGCCCCAUCUCACUACCCUUAAACACACACACACACACACACACACACACACACACACACACACACACACACACACACACGCACACACACACACACACACACACACACAC